GAAGUGAGGCAAAGACAAUAGAAUUGAAAAGUCAAGUAUCACACUAGUCAACGUUUGAUAAACCUCUUCUCUUUCUUCUUCUUCGUCAAUUCUCCUUAUCACAUAUCAUCUCUCUUUCUUCCUAAAGGUAUCCUCUCUCUGGACUAGCUUCUCUCAUGGCAGAGCGUUCGAAUGUUCCAAAGUUUGGGAACUGGGAAGGAGAGGAGAAUGUUCCUUACACGGCUUACUUUGAGAAAGCGCGUAAAGGACGCGCCGCCCCAGGGAGUAGAGUAACGAACCCGAACGACCCGGAGUAUAACUCGGAUUCGAGGACCAAACCUGAGGAAGUUGUUGACCACCCGGUUAGAAAGUCGCGCGAAGGGACGAGAAGCCGAGAAGAGAGCGAGCUGAAGCAGUUUGGUGGUGGUGGUGAUGGUAGUGGGAGUUCAUCAAACGAGAAAAGACAAGGAAAGUCUUCUCAGAACAAUAGCUACGAUAAUAAGUCCCCAUUGCAUAAGAACUCAUAUGAUGGCGGCGCUGCAAGAUCAAAGCCCAAACCAAACCUUAGACCUGACGAAAGCCCUGAAAAAGUGACGGUGGUGCCGAAAUUCGGUGAUUGGGAUGAGAAUAAUCCGGCGUCAGCUGAUGGAUAUACACACAUUUUCAACAAAGUCCGUGAAGAGAGGAGCACUGGAGCUAAUAAUGUGAGUGGAUCUUCCAGAACGCCGACUCACGCCAGCUCCCGUAAAAGCCCUUCUAGCAGUUCCAAAUGUUGCUGCUUUGGCUUUGGAGGAAAAUGAGAAGGGAAAACGUUUGUUUCGGGAAUAAUUGUGUGUAUAGUUAUCGAGAAAUCAAUGUGUGUUGUAAUCUUAAUGAUCAGACGGUCGAGUAACUUUAGAUGGGAAUAAGGCAUAUCAGUCAUAAAACUUAUAUACUAUAGCUUUUGUAUGUAUGUUUUGUGAUUUUUCAUUUUACUUUUGGUGUUUUCAUUCUGCACGUUCCAGUUUUGGACCUGCUUCUGCUUGCAGUUUCAUUAUAUCUUGGUACGGGCUCACCAAUUUGGUUAA